UUUACCGCAUUGGUGAUAGCGAUGAAGGCAUAGCCAGUGACGUUAAGCAUUGGCCAAGGGACAAGCCACAAAGAGGAUGUGGAUCCUGCAAGCCAUCUUGGCGAUAGCCUAUGGCAUUUAUGUAAAGCCAGAUAGACGUUGAUCACUAGGAUAUAGACGUUAAUCGCUAGGAUCUGGGAUUAAAGAUACAACGCAUUUUGCCCCAUCGAAAUGCUUUCUUGUCCAUAGUUAUAGCGUGUCUUGAAGAAAUCUCUGUUUUUCUUGAAUUGAAGCUGAUCCAGCUUCAAGGUCUACUCCUGCAUUAUCUUCAAGAACAUGGAACUUGAUCAGAAGCUCGUUUGUGUGAAGCAAGUGAAGCAAGAGGGAGCCGAUGAGUGGGAGGAGAGCAUGCCGUUGCCCGGAGACAUCAUUGAGGGAUUUGCAGAGGACGAUAGUGAUGAUUCUUUCGUACCAGUGAAGGCCAAGUCCGAGUUAAGCUCCCAUCUCGGCAAGAUCAACCCUCAGAAUGAGUGCAUAUGGUUGAAAGUUAGAAGGGGUUAUAGCACUCUGAAAUUGAAGGCACGUAUCGUGCAACGGAAAAGCUCAAUAAUUCAAAAGAAGUACACUAUCCAAGCCGUCACAGAUCCCAGGCAUAUUGCAGAGUUAGAUGACUUGACAUUGCACCAAUGCAUUGAACUGCAGGAAAUGAGCAGAAAAGUUAUGAAUGUGGAGAACAGGGGAUUCCGCAAAAGUGGGAUAAAGUAUGACUGGAAGAUGAAAGCAGGGAUGCAUCUUCCUGACAGAGGGUGUUCAGUGGUGAGCUCCAUACUGUUCACGCCCUUGGAGGGGGAACACUGCGUCCAUACCACCACUGGUAGGUGUAUGGCGUGGUUCUGUGCAGCAGUUUCCUCAGGAGUCCCUCUUGUUUUUGUUAAUAUCCAGACAGAACAGAUUGCCCAGUCGGAGAGGAGCAACGUUCCUGGAAGGGAAACAAGAAGUAGGAGCAAACAACAAGACAACACAGCCAAUACCCAGAUUAUGCAGGGUAUAAGAUUUUGGUAUCUACCAGGAGUAGCAGAAAUAUCAAUAGAAUUGAUCCCUCGACCCAAGGAAGAGCGUUUUGGGAUGGAAAUCAAACGGACAGAAGAGGUAUUUUUAACCAAACAAAUUGUCGCAUAGAAUUUGAGAAAUGGGUUGAAUUGUU